UCAAGGCAAGCAGUUUCAACAGGGAUUUUUUUUUUUUUUUUUUUUUUGUCAUAGAUCUCGACACAGGAAAUCUGCGUGACUAAACCUGUAAAAUUUCAUCCGAUGCCACAGUGAAGAAACUAACCAGAAAGGGUUGAGAGAAACACACCAAGUCAAACAGAAAAAAAAGAAGAGAGAGAGAGAAGAGUGUACAUCUAAAAGAAGAUUAAAAACCCAGAGGUGCUUUAAAGAUGGCCAGCGCUCCUGUUCCGCUUACUAAUGUAGAAAGUGGCUUCGCCCACGUCACUCAAGUUGUUUCUUCAACAGCAGGACAAAAUCCGUCUCAGAUGAUCAGUCCACUGCAAAAAUUUCUGAAAGGAGAACCCAAAGCACUGGGAACUGUUCAAAUAAUGAUUGGUGUGAUGUCGAUACUGUUUGGUAUCGUGAUUGGAGUCGAUUCUUAUCCCCUCAGCAUGUACACUGGAGUCGUAUUCUGGGGCUCACUGUUCCACAUCAGCGCUGGUUCUCUGGCUGUUGCAGCAAGCAAUAAACUUAAUACCUGUGUGGUAAGGGUCACGAUGGUUCUGAAUAUUAUUACUACAGUAGCUUCAGGAUUCGCCAUCAUCGCCUUCUCCCUGGAUUUGACGUUUGGGCCGUACCGAAUUAUCUGCUCCUACUAUACUGGCGUUCAUAGUUGCCACAUGCCUUCUAUUGAAGUGAGUCGUACCAGUGGAAUCAUUGGUGUUUUGCUGGUUUUCUCUGUGCUCCAGUUUGCCAUCUCUAUCGUAAUUUCAGCCUUCACCUGCAAAGCUACCUGCAGCGAUCAACCUACUCUGAAUGUCAUCAAUAUGAUUCCAAACCUUGAAAAUCAAGUACCUGUGGCCGGUUCCACUCCAGCUCAUCAAGCACCACUGGGGGACAGUACAAUGAACGCUGUGGCCAUGAGCAGUCCAACACUGGAAGGUUCUCCCGUGGACAGCAAGAAAAGCCAAACAGACCAUGUUGAAUAAUUCUAAAUAAAAAAAUAUAUAUUUGUUUUACCUAUAAUAAUUUAGUAAUAAAUUACCUAUUAUGUAACACUGUUCCUCAACACAACAUGUAAAACAAUCAGACAUACGUUCUUAUUACAUAUCACACUGAUUAUUGUAACAGCUAAACACACAUGCAACAUUUGAAUCACAUCUAUUUCUUUAACAGAUAAAUGUACACUGAUUACAUGUAUGCAUACAAUAUUCUGAAUAAUUUUUAUAGUAUAUAAAUCUUAUGGCAAAGUACAUUUUACUACAAAAUGUAUGUGCUUUUUAUGAAACUUCACACUUUGGAUUUUUUUUUUCGCCCCACAACCCAUAGAAAUGUUGGCUAUUGCUCUCCCUCUCUCUCUCUCUCUCUCUCUAUCUAUCUAUCUCUCUCUCUCUCUUUCUCCACUGCAAUGAACUCCAAAAACGUCUGGAAUUUCAUCGAGUGGAAGAGGGAUGCUCAGAAACGCAUUAAGCAAAAAAAGUGGUAUAAAGUUACCCAACAGCAAUGUGAAAGAUGCAGGAGAGCAAAGCUGUAAUUGAAAAUCAGGGUUAUUCCACCAAAUACUAAUUUCUUAAUGUUCUUUAGCCAAAGCAUUUACACAAUUUGUUUACAAAUUAUUUUCAUUUUGUUUUACUUAAGUUAUUAAAGCUCUGCAAAUACUAAAUGAUCUUGGGUUAUUAUAUGUGUUGUAAUGUCAGUUCCUUUAA